GCCUCCGGCUCAAUCCACUGACUCACCCAGGGACUCACGAGUCAUUUCAACAUGUCGAAAUUCUUUAGGUAAACUUUUCUGCAAGAUCAUGAAUUUGAAUGUUGACAAUUCGCCAACGACGUCGACGAGAUCAUCAUGAAGUUAUAGUUGGGCGCCACCCUCUUCAAGAUCUUGAAACUCCUCCAAUCAAGACCUCUGAUCAAGACCUAAGAUCUACCAUACGGUUUUUCACGAUCCCCCGGACUCGGAUAAGCAGAAACAAUGACAAUGAGUUCCGCGAAAUAGACCUUAUCCUUGCCGGUCAAAUUUACAAGGGGGGAAAUUCUAGACGCCGUGCAUCAUGCCUGCCCUUUUGGUGAAAUCCAACAGUUCCCACCUAUUCGUGGUUGAUGUAGUCAUCCGAUUUUUUUUCGCUGUGCAGAGACCUCUUCAACCACAGGUCAUUUUUUGACUUUCAUGAUGUCGCGCUGGCAGGAAGUCCUCGGUCCAGACGACUUCAGUCAAGACGUGCCGAUGAACCCAUCGAGUGGAGAUGAGCGAGGUCCGGACGACUACCGCCACCCACCACCUCCUGCACCCCGUCCAACCACGGUAGUGACUCACGGCGUUCGACGUCAGAGAGAUGAGAUGACCACUUCUCCUGACGACGAGGAUUCAGGACGCCGACAGAGAUAUUCUCCAGCAGGAUCGCAAGAUACAAACCGGCGUAGAUACGAUCCCGUCAGGCAAAAUCGAACUGAUUCAGCAACCUCCAGUCAGGCAUCCUCUUCAAAAAGCUCGUACCAACGUGUACAUUUCACGCCACAGCCGCAGAGGGCACAGUCACUGCAAAUGGUGACCCGUGUUCUGCCACCUAUAUCUGUGUCAGAGCAUAAGGUCCCUACCGCUCCUACACAUGCGACUCAAAGGAAUGGCCGCAACGUGCAUGCUUCUGUUCCAGCCCCAGUGGCUGGGUGCGGAUUGGCAGGCUCAUGUCCUGCAAUGCAUCUGCGGGCACUACAACAAGAUUCUGUCCGGCCUGCAACUUCCAGCCAUGCUUCCGAUAAUGCUAGAGGCGUUCCCAUAAGGAUGGCUGGUCCGUCGCUUACGCCACACACAGAGGCGCAACAACAGGGGACUUCCAAGCGUUUCAAUAUUCGUACUGACUUGCAAUUCGACAAGGCGAAGAACUUGAUGACUGCCACGCUGGAGUUACCUGGUCUAACAAAAUCUGACAUCAAAGUCACUCUGCAUGUUUGCCCUUUCAGCCGUAUACAACACUUGACAAUUGCUGGCACAAGCCGACCUGAGGAUGGCUCCUGGGCUUUGCGAGAGAGAAAAUAUGGUGAUUUCGGCCGUACCAUCCUGGUACCUCCCGACACCAAGCCUGACGAUAUUACUGCAGAGCUUAAGAAUGGAAUCCUCACCCUCAAGGUCCAUGGUUGUGCCUCUGAAGGCGACGAUCGCCCUAUCGAUAUUCCCAUCUUGGAUUGAAGUCUCUAAUGAGAGACCGGUAUGCUGUCAUCUUGUGAAAACUUUCUGUUGCAGGAACUGCAGCAAUCUUUACGCGUCAUCCCCAUAUCCAACCAAGCUUUCUGCAUGACACAUACCCUAGUUGUCAAUAAUCCUGCCGCUGUGCUAUCUUUGCUUUCGUUGUUGCUCUCUCGCUUUGUCUGCUCACACAAAACCGUCUACAAGGCCUGCUUCUCGUGUAAUGUUAUGUGUACCCACGCGCGUUGCUGUAUCUGCCUCCCUUUACCGAUUAACAGUCACCUCUUCGGUUUACUUGGUCAGCACUUAUUAUUACGGCAUGUCUACCCUGGCUUCUGAUGUCUGCAUAGCUACACGCUUUGACUUACUAUGUGAUCACCAAUAUAUGUCAUGCUAUCCUAAAGUUUGCUGUUAAUAUGCAGUUCUGCGCUCUGCGAUGGUAUGAAACCACAUCUCUUCCAAUAAUUCACCCACGCG